GAGCUGCCUCGUUUCCAUAGUCAGUUUAUGGCACUGAGAGUCAGAAUAGAAAAGGUUCAACAUUUUUGAAGGUUUUCAUCAACAGAGUUAGAAAGAAAAGAUGCCUGGGGGGAACGUAAAUCAAAGAAGUAGAAGCAGAUCGCCUGUAAGGCGUGAAAGAAGAAGAAGUCGAUCCAGAUCUCCAAGAAGACACAGAUCACGGUCCCCUCGGCGCAAAGACAGGGAAAGACACAAUGAACGAGAUGGUGCAAGAGAACGGUCCUGUCAAGAGCAACAGCUGUCACAAAAUCCUACAACUCAUCUUUGUUGCCAGAACUUGUCACCAAGAUCUAGAUCAAAGGCUGAAUCAACUAGCAAAUCAAAGACGCAUGAACAAGAAGAAGAAGUUGAUGACGAUACUCAAAUGAUGCAGAUGAUGGGGUUUUCUUCGUUCGAUACGACCAAGGGGAAACAUGUGAAGGGGCAAAUGGAAGGCUGUGUUAAGAUCGAGAAAGCAAAGAAAUACAGACAAUACAUGAACAGAAGAGGUGGAUUCAAUCGCCCUCUUGAUUACGUCACGUGAGAGCUGUAGAGCCAUCUCGAUCUGGUCAGAACUACCGUAAAUUAUCAAGAAACUGCGCAUUUGCUGUUUACAAAGGACCUGUGUAUAUAUUGGUAACUUAAGUUGCAGGUAUUUCAGUAAAGAUUAUAUGAACUCUCUCAAUUUGCGACAUCUUAUAUUUUGUUGUUGUUAUUGUGUAUACAUGUUCAUUUUCA